CCUGACCAGCCCGCCGCUAGGACCCACGGCCAAGAUGGCGGCGCUCGCUCUCCAGGCCCGGGGCUUCCUGGAGCUGACAGUGCCCCUGGGCCGUGGCUUCCGAGGCUACCGAGCACCUCCGCCCCCGCGCCGCGCCCCAGGGCCCCGGUGGCCAGACCCGGAGAACCUGCUGACUCCUCGAUGGCAGUUACGGCCGCUGUAUGCGGCUAAGCAGUUCGCGCGGUACGGCGCCGCCUCUGGGGUGGCCCCCGACUCGUUGUGGCCCUCCCCGGAACACCUGCGGGAGCUCGAAGCCCAAGAGCGAGAGUGGUACCCGAGCCUGGAGACCAUGCUAGAGUCGCUCCGCGUGCAGCAGCAGGCUGAGGAAGCAAAGCGUCAGGCCAGGGAGCAGCGUAUCGCAGAAUGCAUGGCCAAGAUGCCACAGAUGAUAGAGAACUGGAGACGGCAGAAGCAGGAGCGCUGGGAGAAGGCCCAGGCUGAGAAGGAGAGGAAGGCCCAGCUACAGGCCGAGGCCCAGGAGCGACUGGGCUACCAUGUGGACCCAAGGAGCGCCCGCUUUCAGGAGCUACUACAGGACCUAGACAAGCAGCAGCGAAAGCGCCUCAAGGAGGAGAAGCAGAGACAGAAGGAGGUAGCUCGAGCUGCUGCCAUGGCUGCUACGGAAGCCCAGGAUCUAGCAACCUCUGGGGUACCCAGCUCCUGAGCUCUGCUCUCUCAAUAAAGCCAGCUGCUGCGCCUGACAGCCCAUGUUCAGUGUUCUCCCUCAAAGUGUACCUCUCUGGAUCCCCUGGCUCAUUUCCCAACAUCUGGGACUGGAGAAUCCUCUACUGGGCUUUGUUCACACCUGGACACUAGGCCACUCCAUGAACUGGGGCUUCAGGGAGAGAAAGGGGAAUGGAUGGGCAAAUAAUGAAGAAACAGAUGGCAGUGGAGAAAGCUGCUUCUGUUUACCAACAUUAAACUCCAGUAAUUAGCCA